AUGGAAGCUGCCCAAUUGAUUUCUCAAGAGUGGGAUUCUCUAAGUGGACAGUACACAGCUGAAGAAGCUGAUUUCAUGACUCACUUCCUUGGUGGUAACUAUUCAUGUUUUCCUUCUAAUGUUGCAAAUGCUAAUGCUAAUUUUAUGUAUUUCUCUCAAGGGAUUAGCUCAAAGACUGAUUAUAGUGAUGACAUAUUUCCUACCAUUACAGCAAGUAAUGGACCAUACCUAUGUAAUCCGGCAACAGACAUUGAUUCACUAUCCAUGUUUUUUAGCAUUGACCAUGAAAGGUUAUGUUUAGAGCCAAUGUUUUUUAGUCCACAAUAUUUGGAUGAUAACUUAAUCAAACAGAUAAACUAUGAAGGCAUUGAUCAUGAAAGGUCAUGUUUAGAGCCAGCUUCACAAGCGGAUCGAACUAUAAACAUGGAGAACCCUGCUAAAAGAUUUAGGAGCUCAUUAGAGGUUUCAGAAAACACGAGAAAUGGCUCCAACAACUGUUUUUCACAUAACUCAAAUGCUUUUUUGGUGCUAAAUGGAGGAACAUCUCCAAGUCUAAACCCAAAAGAAAGCGCAGUGACGAAUUUAGGUAGAAAAUCAAGAGCAAGAAAUGGUCCUGCUACGGAUUCUCCGAGCAUUUAUGCAAGAAGGAGAAGAGAAAGAAUAAAUGAAAGGUUGAGAAUCUUGCAGACCCUUGUCCCAAAUGGAACUAAGGUGGACAUUAGUACCAUGCUUGAGGAAGCUGUUCAAUAUGUCAAGUUUUUGCAGCUUCAAAUUAAGGUUCUAAGCUCUGAGGAUAUGUGGAUGUAUGCUCCAUUAGCUUACAAUGGAAUCAACAUUGGAUUAGACCUCACCUUUUCUUCUCCAACAAAUUAA